CAGCGCGUCCACGAGACAUCAUCGUGUCUGUUAGUCACAUCCCCUUGCGAAAAGCAAUAGACAAUUUUCUGUAAUUUUAUUAACCAUUGAGCAACUUCUUUAUUUCUGCUAGAGUUUAUUUUAGUAGCAACUAGUUUUGCUGAUUUUAUUUCAUUUCUUUUCAAGAGACGAUCAACUUUUCUCCAAUGAAUAACUGUCCAGGAAAUGUCCAGGACGAAUUGGACAUACCUUUCCUUUUCUUACAUUACGAACAAUCUGGAAAUGACAUUCCGCACGAGGACCAAGAUGAGCUUGAUGCUCUGUCACACCUCGACUCCCAUAGCGACCAUGUUUCAUACACCAAUUUGUCCCAACAUGAAACCUUCUAUAAUGAUUCGUCUUCUGAGGACCUCCUUACCUGUCAUCACCCUGAUCUGCGAGACCUUCUCGGUCACUCGCUCUCCUCCCAGGCCAGCCCUCGCAUUAAGAUCACCUGCUCAGAGCUAGACCAACAGCACCGCGACCAUGUCCAAACAGCACCGGUGGACAUCAAUCGGCGGCUAGCUGUGCCUGCAUAUCAGAACCAGCUCUACAGGGAAAACCUGAGCCCGGCAAGCAGCACUUCGUCCAGUUGGCACUCUGAGGCAUAUUCCCCCCAGCCUUCACCUUGUGUUUCUCCCAGUGCUACAGGAGGUGGAGGUUUAGCUGCAGUGACGGUGGCUGAGUUGUGCCCGAGGCUUCAGGCUAUCCAUGCGUCUGGGUCGCCACAUACUUCUCCAAAUACAUCCCCACGCAACAGCAUCACAGAGGACACAUUCCUGAACUACAGGACUUCAUCAUCGUCCUCCCCACGGCCAGGGUCGCGCUCUACUUCUCCUCAGGGAAAGCGCACUUACGAGCAAUACCAGAACCCUGCCCUGGUGGUCCCACGUUCCCGAAGUCCUUCUCCUCAUGCAGGCCGAGAGGAGUUAAUUGAGACUUGUAGACCAAAAGCUAACCUUAAUGAAUUUGUAGACAGCCACAACAGGCAUUUGCCUAAACCAGUGCCAACCAAGAUUGGGCGGCCUAAUCAAGAGUACUCAAUCUAUGGCCAGACAGAGCAUGCUGUGUACACUGAAGUUAAGAGGGAAACUAUAAUGGAACCAUUGUAUGUUGUGCCAUCCAUUGAUUGGACCAAUCAAAUGCCCACAGCAAUGUGCAGCAUGUCGUUGGCGUCUCUGCCUGCUCUGGACUGGACUCUUCCCAGCAGCACAGAGCAGUACGGACUGAGAAUAGAGGUUCAGCCCAGGCAGCACCACAGAGCCCACUAUGAGACUGAAGGCAGCAGAGGAGCAGUUAAAGCAGCAUCUGGAGGACAUCCUGUGGUUCAGUUGCACGGGUACAGUGGGAGAGAAGCUCUGGCACUGCAGGUCUUCAUAGGAACAGCUGAUGAGAGAGCUGUAAGGCCACAUGCCUUUUACCAAGUCCACCGCAUCACUGGCAAAACCGUCACCACCAGCAGCCAUGAACGAACGGUGCAUGGAACUAGGGUUCUGGAGCUGCCACUGGAACCCAAAGAUAACAUGCGGGCAGUCGUGGACUGUGCUGGGAUACUGAAGCUGAAGAAUGCCGAUAUUGAGCUGCGGAAAGGUGAGACAGAUGUGGGCCGAAAGAACACGCGUGUGCGGCUGGUCUUUCGUGUCCAUGUGCCUCAGCCUGGAGGCCAGUGGCUUUCUCUCCAAGUGGCCUCACAUUCCAUCGAGUGUUCUCAGAGAUCUGCCCAUGAACCUCCAGCCGUGCAGAGGCAGGAUUUGGACCAGUGCUCAGUGCUGGGUGGACUGCAGAUGAUCCUCACUGGUGAAAACUUCACUUCUGAAUCCAGGGUGCUGUUCACUGAAAAAACCCAAGAUGGGUUAGAGGUAUGGGAGAUGGAAGCUACUGUGAACAGAGAAAAAAGUCAAGCAAACAUGCUGUAUGUGGAAAUUCCUCCAUAUCGAGACCCCAACAUCUACCACCCAGCCAAAGUCAACUUCUAUGUGCAGAACGGGAAGAGGAAGCGUAGUCAGCCACAACACUUCACCUACAUGCCUCUCCCAGUUCCACUGAUAAAAGCCGAGCCGCUGGACGAGUAUCAGUACGGACAGCUGAGCUGCAGUGUCUCUCAGGUCUUAGGUAUCUCUCCACAAUCGUGCCAUCACACUGCCCAGCUGCCUACCAGCUGCUGUGCCGUGCCAUGCCAGGUUUCCCCGAGGACCAGCAGCCCUGCUCUGUACCCUCCAGCCUCAGAGUACCAGCUUCAUCAGCCUUCAGUCCUCUACCAGAGCCAUGUGGAGGUCCUUAACAGCAGCCCUAGCCACUACCAGACUCCGCUUGAUCACGCUGCAUCUGGAGUGACAACCAUCUGCUCAGGUCAGGCACCUGCCGUAGUGCCAAAUGCAACCUCUCAUCUCAAACCCAGCAGUUACCAGCAUAUUGUAGCUGGGCACAGCUACCAGGCUGGUGUCUCUGUGUUUCCAGGCCUUGAUGCAGCCAAUCAGAGAAGCUUUGGGCAGAGCUACAACCAGCGGCAGCCUGUGGAGCGUCAGAGAACUAGCAGUCCUGUUAGAGUCAAGCAGGAGAAUCUGGACCAAGCUUACUUGGAUGACGUGUACAAAAUGUGGCCGCCUUCACAGCCUGCAUCAUGUAGUGAAUGAAGUAAUCAAAAAGGAUCUGACCGUUCCUCCCAGUGAACAGUGAUGGCUAGAUCUGACAAUCCAGAGUCUUCUUUCAAGUGACAGCCACAACAUCUGUACAACUAGUCAACUGCCACAUCUGAUUUCCUAAUGUCAUAUCAGACAUCAUAGUGGUGACUAUUAAUUUUACUUCUGAUUGCUACGCACCCCUCAGAAAAACUAGUACAGAGCUUAUAUAUAUAUAUAUAUAUAUAUAUACACAGUAUAUAUUACCUUUUAAUGCUGUAUCUUGGCGUUUGUAAAUGACUUGGAGAGUUUUUAGGAGGGUAUUUGAGGGGAAGCCACUAGCUGCCUUAGGAUAGGAACAUGGAAAGCUAGAUAUCCUUUACAUAAUGAGUGCUAGCUCAAACCGGAACUGUCAUAUACGAGAAACUAUAUUUAAAUAUAGAUUGAUAUACAUAUAAUUAUAGAUUAUAGAUCAAAUUUAUUUACAUAAACAAUAGAGAUAAAGUAGCUGUUUUACCUCAGUUUGUUCGAUCAGUUGUCUUGAGGCUGAGACUCACGCACUCAUCUUUUACUCUGUAAUAUAGCAGGAAUUGCAGUUUUCAGAAUUUUGUAUGAUGAAUAUCCCAUUGGCCCUUUUCAGUCUGCUGAAGUCCUUUCUACAUUUAUGUAUGAAUAUACAAAAAACUAUUUCUGCCAUGCUAACUCUCGCUAUAGCUGCUAACUUUUUUUUCCCCCCAAUAUUAUUUUUCUAGAUUGUUGUAGAAAAUUGUAGAAGACAUCUUUAUUCUUUAGGCACUCAGCUAGGAUUAAAAUGAAAUAAACAGUAUGACCUAUGAGCACUAUACGACUACUGCUAGCUAUCGGUCAGGAUCAGGGCUUUGGCAUGAGGUAACCUGUGCGUAGUACAUCCUGGGUGUUGACAGAAAAUUGAUGCGCAAACAAAAGAGAACUGAGGUGCAAUACCAUUCUACAGAAUACUACAAACCACAAGCAAUAUGUUCAAGCACCGGUUUUAUGCCACAAUGCUCAUUUAGUUGAAGGUUAUUUUUGUUCAUUGUGUCAUUCAGUUUUACUGGAUUUUCUAACUCGCAGAAGAAACUACAGAAUAUCAAUGAGUUCAAACUUUACCCUGAUAUCAAACUUUCACAAUGCUUAGGAUGAGUGUCCCUUUUAUGAAUAUGUAUUUAUGUUUGUUCAUUGAAUACAAAUAAAAUUCUCUCUGUUGUAUAAAUAA